AUGGCGGCCUCCGACAAGAUAACGGUGGCAGUUCGCGUCCGCCCACUCGGUGAACAUGGUGUUGGAGAUAUUGUUGUACAUGAUAAACAUGCCUCCUCAAUAAUUAUUGGAGUUGAUCGCUCCUUUACCUUUGAUCAUAUUUUUCCAUCGGAUUCAAAUCAAUCGGAGGUUUAUAACACUUUAGUAGCGCCUCUUAUUAAGAACUGCCUCUAUGGUAUUAACGCAACUGUUUUAGCAUACGGCCAGACUGGCUCUGGUAAAACUUACACAAUGGGAACAUCUUUUGAUAUCGAUGACUUUUCCAUGAAUGAUUGCGUUGGAAUAAUCCCACGGGCAAUAGUUGAUAUAUUCGAACAGAUAGAUUCCAUGACCGAAAGUGACUAUGCUGUCGAGGCUCAGUUCAUCGAGCUAUAUAAUGAAGAGCUUAGGGAUUUGCUCACUCCAAAAAAGAACGUUGUAAAAAUCCAAGAAAAAGUUGGUGGAGGAAUUUAUCUUUCGGGUGCUACUACAAUUAGGAUUAAUUGUGUCAAUGAUGCCUUGCAUAUCAUUAGAGCUGGUGGCGAAUCUAGAUCAACUGGUUCCACUAAAAUGAACGCUCAAAGUUCUCGUUCUCAUGCUAUCUUGACUCUUCAUAUUAGUCAACGAAAAAAGGUUGAGGGCGAAACUCGUGUAGAAUUAAUUUCUUCCAAAUUUCAUUUUGUUGAUUUGGCUGGGAGUGAGAGAUUGGGUCGUACUGGAGCAGAAGGCGAACGGGCCAAGGAAGGAAUUAAAAUAAACUUCGGACUUCUUGCGCUUGGAAAUGUUAUUAAUGCACUCUCGGAAAACCAGAGACACGUCCCCUAUCGUGAUUCUAAGCUUACGCGUCUUCUCUGUGAUUCUUUGGGUGGAAAUUCUCGAACUGUCCUCAUCGCUUGCAUUUCGCCAGCAGAAAUCGAUAUGGCUGAGUCUGUCAACACUCUUCAAUAUGCCACUCGUGCCAAAAAGAUCAGGAAUACUAUUUCCGUUAAUGUAACAAAUAUGACUUCUACAGAUGCAGAAACUCUCAAAAAGCUCUUAAUUGAAAACCGCAGACUAAGACAGCAACUCAAGAUGGUUACCGCACAAGCUAGCUCAUCCAGCAUGCGAAGUAUGCCUUAUCAGUUACCGCCUGGUCGUGUGACAUCCAAACCUCCUCUAAAUCUUCGAGUGAAGGAAAACCUUGUCCAGAUUGCGAACGCAUUCGACAAGGUUAUGGUAACUCGAGUGAAACAGAUGAGUGAGAUUACGAGUGUCGGUGCUGCACGGUUCCAUAAGAAGAUGAAGUUGAACAAUGUUAAGGUUCAACAUGCUGUACUGGAUGGGUGUGGUGAUCCUAAAGCAAACCAGUUGGUGCCUUUGAUGCGUUCUCUGGAGAGGGAGAUUGACGAAGCGAGCGUACGAGUGACGGACCUAGCCGAGGCACUACGCAACACCGGCGCCACUAUCCACGAUCUUCUGGGAAGAGUAGAACGUGCCAUCACUGCUUUUCCACCCGCCUGGCAGUAUGUUCCACAGACAAUUCGUUCAGCCAUGUCCACGCGUCUCUCGAAUUCAGACUCCUCCGGCUUGCAAUGCUAUAAUAGUAAUCUUAACAAAAUCCUUCAGUACUCUGAAAUAGAGCAGGCUGGAACUCUCGCAUUGAUACAACAACUUCAUGAAAUUGCCGGACCAUCCCUUCUCCGUCGAUACCAACCUUCCCUGCUUUCCAAGGUUUCAAAUGGCGAUGAAAUGCGGGCAGAUGUAUUCGACGAUGGAAAUAGCAUUCAACAAGCUGGUCCAUCGAUAUCAUCCCUUCUCCCUGGACUUCUGGAUGGAAAUGUAAAGCGAAAACCAGGUCUUGCUACGACAGCCCGUCCCGCUACUGCUGGUGCUGUUACAGAAAGUCGAAGGGGUGUUGGAAUACGGAAGCCAGCUGUUCCGCGCCUUCGAAAAGGAGCUUCCACACAACAAAACCAGCCUCCAGUAACAACUAGACCCUAUAGUGCCGGAGCAGUAGCAACGGCAACUACGUCGACAGCGUUAAAUAAUCCGGCUCGAAUGAGUUAUGUGGCAGCAGCCAAUUGCAACAGUAUUCCAGAGGAGUAUCUCAACAUGCUAGAAAAUACUGCCCUGACAACCACAAUCAAUUUUAAAUCUGCGCCGUCUGUUGAACCCCUUAUGACACCGGGUCCUUCUAAAAGCUUAGAGGAACGCCUGGAACCACCGAGAACUAUUGUGAGACCGGUGCGGACAUCUCCACGAAACCUUCCUCAAGCUGUUGUGCCUCCUAUGCCUGUCGUGGAAGUGGAAGAUGUGGAAAUGCGCUCAAUGGAAAAGCCUGCUCAACCAGUAUCCUCGGUCAGGCACCACCAUGUUCCCAUGUCUUCUAGAGUUGUAUGGCACAAUGGUUUACCCCUUCCCGUGGUAGACAGUCCAGAACAGGAGAACUGCCCACCUUCAAAUGACGUUUCAAUGCGUGAAAUUAGCACUUCAGACAGCAAACCACAAUCCACCGAAGUUCUCCGAAAUUUCCAACCCACCAAACGUCCAAUCACUGACGUUGAUUCUGGUGACGACGAUACUGGUCGAACGAGGGUCAUCACAACUCCGGCUGGAGACCUACCUGCCGGUGGUGAAGACAUUGCAAACUUCAAAAAAGCAAUCGAGGAGCAGGAAGGCAGCAAUAAUGAUGAAGGGGGUGACCGAGAAGAGGAAGAAGGAACGGUGGAUGCUGCAGUCGGCUCACGAGAGUCCGGAAAACGCACCAAGUUUACUCUGCGCCGUAGCAUUAUGGAACGAUUUCAGAGAUGUGGCAUAGACUUUAAUACUUUUGCCCCUCCGUGA